UAAAGUCCAGAAUGACUAAAGCUUUAGAUGCCCAGGCUCCAAAAGAGCUGGAGGGACUUUUGAUAGUGAAGGUAGAAAAGGAAGAUCAUAUCUGGGGACAGGAAUCUGGCCCUCCUGAAAACAAAGCCUAUAGCCAAGAGACCUCCCGCAAGCACUUUAGGCAUUUCUGCUACCAGGAAACAACCCGGCCAAGGGAAGCUCUGAACAGACUCCAGGAACUUUGUCAUCAGUGGUUGAGGCCCGAGAUACACACAAAGGAGCAGAUCCUGGAGCUCCUAGUGUUAGAGCAGUUCCUUACCAUCCUGCCUGAUUCACUGAAGGUCUGGAUUCGCAAUUGUUAUCCAGAGAGUGGAGAAGAAGCUGUGAAAUUGCUAGAGAAUUUGGAGAGAAACCUUAAUGAGCCAGGGAAACAGGUUCAAGCCUGUACACUGAGACAUGAAGUGCUUUUGGAGAAGACAACAUCUGUAGGAGCAUCAGAAGAUUUACAGAAUGCCCAGUUCCAGCUAGUGGAGACUCAGACUUUACAUGAUAGUGUGCCCAUCCUGUCUCUUGUAUGCCAGCCAGCCCAUCCAGGUAACCAAGAGACUUUCUCUAGGCCCUCCUCUGAAUUUAAGCUGUCCUAUACGUGGGGACACCUGACGUCCCCAUGCCCAAAACCGGAAACUGGAAACCCAUUGGAAUCACGGGAAAUGUAG